AUGUCACUUACAACAGCUGCUCCCUUGCUGGCCCUAUUAAGGGAGAAUAAUAAUUCUGUGAAAUCAUAUGCCCUAAACUCUAUCAAUGAGGUUGUAGGUGAACUUUGGUCAGAGAUAUCCAAUGACAUUACCGAAAUUGAGGCCCUUUACGAUGAUAGUAACUUCCCUGAUCGUCAGAUGGCGGGUCUUGUUGCAUCAAAGGUCUACUACAACUUAGGUGAAUACGAAUCUGCAGUAAAGUUUGCCCUGGCUGCUGGUGAUCGCUUUAAUAUCGAAGACAGAUCACAGUACGUGGAGAGCAUUGUCUCAAAAAGUAUCGAGAUGUACAUCAAGCAAUCUGCUGAUAAUUUUGAAUCCAAAGGCCAUAAACAGUUUAUUGAUCCUAAAUUAACCGCCAUAUUCGAAAGAAUGAUUCAAAAGUGUAUUGCUGCAUCCGAAUUUAGAUUGGCACUUGGAAUUUCGUUAGAGGCAUUCAGAUUAGAUCUCGUGGAACAAAUUUUGAAAUCUAGGUUGGAGAAUGAUUCAGAGGCCAAUGCUCUCAAAUUGAUUAACUACGUUCUUACAGCAACCAUCACAGUAUUGGAUAACUCUGUGUUUAGAAAGACUAUUCUAAAUUCCCUUUUCAACAUUUUGAUGUCGAUGAAAUCUGCAGACUAUUUCACAGUUUCUAAGGUCGUGGUCAAUUUAAACAAUCCUCAAUUGGGUAUUCAACUUUUCGAAAAAUUGAACAGCAGCGAGAACAUCGAAGUUUCUUAUCAAAUUGCCUUUGAUCUAGUUUCCUCUGGUUCACAAGAAUUAUUAGAAACUUUAGUGGUUGAAUUGGAGAAAAGAAAUUUUGAUUCAAGAUUAUUGGAAAUUCUUUCAGGUCUACCGACAUGCGAUUAUCACAAUACCUUUUUACUGAAUAACAGUAACAUCGAUGUUGGUUUGCUGAACAAAUCUAAAUCUUGCCUAGACGGUAAGUUCUCACUUUUCCACACGGCAGUCAGUGUGGCUAACGGAUUCAUGCAUGCAGGUACUACAGACAACUCAUUUAUCAAGGCCAAUUUAUCCUGGUUGGGCAAAGCUCAGAAUUGGGCUAAAUUUACAGCCACCGCUUCCCUUGGUGUUAUUCAUAAAGGUAAUAUUUCAGAAGGUAAAAAAGUUAUGGCACCUUACUUACCAGGUAGCCGUGCAUCUUCUCGUUACAUCAAAGGUGGUUCUCUAUAUGGUCUUGGAUUGAUCUACGCUGGUUUCGGUAGGGAUAUUAUCGGUUACUUAAAAUCUCACAUCGUGGAAAACAGUUCCGCUACAGGUGAUGAAGAUAUCGAUGUGCUGCUACACGGUGCAUCUCUAGGUGUUGGUUUAGCGGCCAUGGGUUCUUCUAGUACGGAGAUUUACGAGGCAUUGAAAGAAGUCCUGUACAACGAUUCUGCCGUCUCUGGUAUGGCAGCUGCUCUAGGUAUGGGGUUAACAAUGUUGGGUACUGGUGAUGAAUCUGCUGUACACGACAUGUUUACAUAUGCGCAGGAAACUCAACACGGUGAUAUUUCUAGAGGUCUAGCUGUUGGGUUGGCUCUCAUAAACUAUGGUCGUCAAGAAUUGGCACAAGGUUUGAUCGACGAUAUGUUUGCAAACGAAAACCCUAUCCUGCGUUAUGGUGGUGCUUACACUAUUGCACUAGCUUAUGCUGGUACCGGUAACAACACGGCAGUCAAGAAAUUGUUGCAUGUUGCUGUGUCAGAUUCUAGUGACGAUGUGAGAAGAGCCGCUGUUAUUGCACUUGGGUUUGUCCUCUUGCGUGAUUACACUACAGUGCCAAGAAUAGUUCAACUAUUGUCUAAAUCUCACAAUGCCCACGUUCGUUGUGGUACAGCAUUUGCACUAGGUAUUGCAUGCGCUGGUAGAGCUCUACCUUCUGCCGUUGAUGUCUUAGAACCUUUGACGAAAGAUUCUGUCGACUUUGUUCGUCAAGCUGCCAUGAUUGCCUUGUCGAUGGUUUUAAUCCAACAAACAGAUAAAUUAAACCCUAAGGUUGCCGAUAUCAAUCAAAACUUUUUGAACGUUGUGACAAACAAACACCAGGAAGGUUUAGCCAAGUUUGGUGCAUGCGUGGCACAAGGUAUCAUGAACGCUGGUGGUCGUAAUGUGACCAUCCAUCUAGAAAAUAUGGAAAUGGGUACCUUGGAUACCAGGUCCAUCGUUGGUUUGGCUAUGUUUUCUCAAUUCUGGUACUGGUUCCCACUUUCUCACUUCUUAUCACUUUCAUUUACACCAACCACCGUUAUUGGCGUUCGUGGAAAUGACUUAGCGAUCCCCAAAUUUGAAUUCAAUUGUCAUGCUAAGCAAGAACUCUUUUCCUAUCCAAAGAUGUAUGAAGAGGACUCUGGAAAAGAAGUGGAAAAGGUGGCGACUGCAGUGCUUUCCACAACUGCGAGAGCAAAGGCAAGAGCAAAGAAAUCGAAAAAGGAUAAAGAUAGUGAAGAUGAUGAAAAGCCAACUGAAUCCGAAGACAAAGAGACGCCAGCAAAGGACGAAGAACCUAAGGAUAAGGAUGAAGAGACCUCCAAGGUAAAGUAUUCCUCAAAACCUUACAAAGUUGAAAAUAUGACACGUGUUUUACCACAGCAAGCAAGGUACAUUUCUUUCAAAGAUGAUCGUUUUGCGCCAGUCCGUAAAUACAAGGGCAGUACUGGUGUAAUUGUAUUAACAGAUAAUAAAUCUGAUGAACCUGUGGGAUUAAUCGAAACCGUCAGACAAAGUAAAGAUGUGAAUGCACCAUUACCAACGCCAUUUAAGGUUGACGAUGAACUCGAUUACUCUAGGAUAAAAUAA